UAGGUUUAAUUCAUCAUCCUUGAUCAUUCUCAAGCAAUACGCGCAUGGCGAUGGCCAAUCCAGAAACCCUUCUUCGUGUUCUGUCUGGGCAAGUGUCUACAACUUCAUAUUCAGGUAAAUGCUUUACCAAAUUGAAUUCCACGAAUCUCCUCCCUAGAUCGUGUAAUCUUCAUAAGAAGAAGACAAAGUCCGCAAGGCAUCACACCAAUUCGAUUAGACGAGGUAGUUAUUGUUGUCACAAUUCUAACAAUGGUAACGGGCCGACUGCUAACGAUGGAACAAAGAAUGAGAACAAUCGAAAACAUCAAGGAGAACAGUCGAAAACAUCUUCUUCUUCUUCUUGUCGGCUGAGAAUUGAUUCUAUGGAAGAAGAAGCAUGGGAAUUACUUAGGGAAUCUGUCGUUUAUUAUUGCGGAAAUCCAGUCGGUACAAUUGCUGCGCAGGAUCCGACGUGUUCUAGUGUACUUAAUUACGAUCAGGUCUUCAUACGCGAUUUUAUACCUUCUGGGUUGGCAUUCCUAUUGAUGGGAGAGUACGAUAUCGUUAGAAACUUCAUUCUUCACACAUUACAGCUUCAGAGCUGGGAGAAAACAAUGGAUUGUCAUAGUCCUGGUCAAGGAUUGAUGCCUGCGAGUUUCAAGGUUCGUUCAGUAACCCUAGAUGGAGAUGAUUCGGCAGUUAAAGAAGUGCUUGACCCUGAUUUUGGAGAGGCGGCUAUAGGUCGUGUUGCACCAGUUGAUUCAGGUCUGUGGUGGAUUAUACUGUUACGAGCAUAUGGGAAAUCCUCUGGAGAUUUCUCAGUUCAAGAGAGGGUUGAUGUUCAAACUGGAAUUAAGAUGAUUCUUCGGUUAUGUCUUGCUGAUGGUUUUGACAUGUUUCCUACUUUGCUUGUGACCGAUGGCUCUUGUAUGAUUGAUCGUCGCCUGGGAAUUCAUGGCCACCCUUUGGAAAUUCAGGCACUAUUCUAUUCAGCAUUACUCUGUGCAAGAGAAAUGCUCGCACCAGACGAAAGCUCAGCCAGCCUUACACGGGCACUAAACGAUCGCCUAGUUUCUUUAUCAUUUCACUUGCGCGAGUAUUAUUGGAUUGACAUGAAAAAACUCAAUGAGAUAUAUCGUUACAAUACUGAAGAAUACUCGUACGAUGCGGUUAACAAGUUCAACAUCUAUCCAGAGCAGAUUCCUCCAUGGCUGGUGGAAUGGAUGCCAAACAAAGGAGGCUAUUUUAUUGGAAAUUUGCAACCUGCUCAUAUGGAUUUCCGUUUCUUUUCUCUUGGUAAUAUGUGGUCCAUCAUAAGUGGCCUUUGCACCAAAGAUCAAUCGCACGCUAUAUUAGAUCUUGUUGAGACAAAAUGGGAGGAUCUGGUUGCUGACAUGCCUUUGAAGAUAUGUUAUCCUGCUCUUGAAGGUAAAGAGUGGCAGAUUAUAACAGGAAGCGACCCAAAGAAUACGCCUUGGUCUUAUCAUAAUGGAGGGUCCUGGCCAACUUUGCUCUGGCAGCUGACCGUAGCUUGCAUCAAGAUGAACAGGCCAGAAAUUGCAGCGAAAGCAGUUGCGGUUGCAGAGAAGCGUUUGUCAAUAGACAAAUGGCCGGAGUAUUUCGACACUAGGAAAGGAAGAUUCAUUGGGAAACAGUCGAGGCUUCUCCAAACAUGGUCCAUCGCAGGAUACCUUGUGGCGAAAUCCCUGUUGGCAAAUCCAACGGCUGCCAAGAUUCUAAUAACUGACGAAGAUUCAGAGCUCGUGAAUGCUUUCUCCUGCAUGAUCACUGCUAAUCCUAGGCGUAAAAGGGGACCAAGGAGUUCAACUGAUCAAAUUCACCUAGUAUGAUCAAGUAUGAACUUCUCUCUUUCUUGCAUUUUUUUCUUACAUAUUUAUUCUGAAACAUAAAAAAAAAAACCUUUUCCUAUGAAGAUAAGUAAUAAGCUGAUAUUUUAAAAAACUAGCUUAUUCAUGUAAAGUUGUAUUCUAGAAACAUAUAUAUGUCUGUUAUUGUAUAUAAUCCAUUCAUUCAUUAAUGGAACCAGUUUCAAAGAAAC